AUGGCGAAAAAGAAUAAGAAGCAGGUUGUACCAUUAAACCUUGACAACUGCGAAAAGAUGACGCAACUUAAGUCUGCCCCAGUCGAUAGACCUACUGGAAGCGCAGUACCUGUUAGAGAAUUUGAUGAUUUAGCCUCAUUUGAAACCUUUGUUAGAGAUGAAACUUGGGAUAAUGAGUUUGAUAAUUUCCACGCCCACUUAGCAUAUUACCCACCAUUCAUACUUAGUGAAUGUCAUGACAAUUUAGAGAAAAUUAAACCUACAAUGAAUAAGAAUUCUUCCAAAUUUAAGAGGAAUUUGCAACAUCACAUUAAGAAGCAUUUAAUGCAAGAUUUAGAGAAGGUUGCUGGUUACGAAAUGAAGUUCCAAAAACCUGAAGUACAAGAAACAUUUAAUUCCUGGAAAUUGAAGUACAUUGAUGAUGGUCAUCAUGGAUUUAGUCCAGAAGACGAAGAGAAGGCUCACAGACAUUGGAAGAUCGAGAUGGAAGUGAAGUGUAACAAUGAAAACCCAAUGGUUGAAGUUGAUUUUAAGUCAAUUCCAAUGGAUUAG